AUGCAGCGCGAGGAGCUGUCAGCCAGAGAGGAGUUCACCUACAGCCACAUGCCCACGCUGGAGCGAGGCGGCGGGUCGCUGGGGCGCCGGGGCGACAGGGGCACGGACAGGAGGCCGGACAGAGGGGAGCGGGACAGGCCCGAGCGGGACAGCUACACGGUGGACGUGAGGGCCAGUGACCUGCAGCUGGCCCAGCCGGAGCCUCUAAAGCACCCCUGCUUCAGCUACAGGGCCUGGCUCUACAGCGUCCUCAUAGGGGGCAGUCUGCUCAUCACAUCUGGUUUCUCUCUGUACCUGGGAAACGUGUUUCCUGUUGCCAUGGACUACCUGCGCUGUGCUGCAGGCUCUGGCGUCCCUGCAGCGAUAGCCAGCUUCGCCAUCGCCAAGAACAGACACGUAGCAGUAUCAGAUUUCCAGGUGGUCUACGUGUCCACAUUCGCCGUGACGACCACCUGCCUGGUUUGGUUCGGUUGUAAACUGGUCCUGAACCCUUCUGCAGUCAAUAUCAACUUUAACCUCAUCUUGAUGAUUUUGCUGGAGGUGUUGAUGGCGAGCACUGUCAUCCUGUCAGCCCGCUCUGCAGAGGACUGCUGCUGCCACAGGAAGCCGGCGACAUAUGACAGACCUGUGGUUAUUAAACCCGCGGUGUUCCCCACCCGACUCCUGAAAGCAUAUUCUGUGAUCGAGGUGAUCGUGGGGAUCUCCGCUGUGUUUGGAGGCAUCAUUGCGCUCAACAUGGACGCUCUGCUGCCGGGCCCGUACCUGUCUGUCACGUUUUUCUGGAUCCUUGUGGCUUGUUUCCCCAGUGCGAUCGCCAGUCAUGUGGUGUCCGAAUACCCCAACAAAUGCCUGGUGGAGGUGCUGAUUGCCAUCAGCAGCGUGACGUCUCCCCUUCUCUUUUCAGCCUCCGGCUUCCUCUCCUGCAGUGUCAUCAGCUUUAUUGAAAUCUUCCUCCAUGAUGUGCCUACGGCUAAGCAAUCCUACGACAUCCUGCUGCUGAUCCUGAUGGUGCUGCUGCUGGUGCAGGCAGUUCUCACUUCGGCCACUGUGGUGCACUGUGCUUCCUACAAGAGCCAGCUCCGCAUGGGGGCUCCAGAGUGCGACGACGGCAUGCAGACCGCAGCCCAUUACUGUGAGCACCAGGCAUCCAAUGGAACGCUGCAGGACUUCGACAAAGACAGAGCCUGGAAGGCAGUUGUGGUCCAAAUGGCUCAAUGA